CUCAACUUCCUGCCCUACCAGAGGAAGUGGCGAGCAACAGCAGGUGCUGCGACAACUAACAGGGCCAUGGACAAAGAGUAUGUGGGUUUUGCAGCCCUCCCUAACCAGCUGCAUCGCAAGUCUGUCAAGAAGGGGUUUGACUUCACAUUGAUGGUGGCAGGGGAGUCAGGCCUGGGAAAAUCCACCCUCAUCAACAGCCUAUUCCUUACCAACCUCUAUGAAGAUCGGCAGGUGACAGCAGCCAGUGCUCGUUUGACACAGACAUUGACCAUCGAACGCCGGGGUGUAGAGAUUGAGGAGGGGGGUAUUAAAGUGAAGCUGACCCUUGUGGACACACCUGGUUUUGGGGACUCAGUGGACUGCUCAGACUGCUGGCUGCCUGUGGUGCGCUUCAUUGAGGAGCAAUUUGAGCAGUAUCUCAGGGAUGAGAGCGGCCUGAACCGGAAGAACAUACAGGAUUCUCGGGUUCACUGCUGCCUCUACUUCAUCUCACCCUUCGGCCGGGGGCUCAGGCCCCUAGAUGUGGCCUUCCUCCGGGCUGUGCAUGAGAAGGUCAACAUCAUCCCAGUCAUUGGCAAAGCAGAUGCACUGAUGCCUCAGGAAGCCCAGGCUCUCAAGCAGAAGAUCCGGGACCAGUUGAAAGAGGAGGAGAUCAACAUCUACCAGUUCCCAGACUGUGACUCUGAUGAGGAUGAAGACUUCAAGAGGCAAGAUGCAGAGAUGAAGGGAAGCAUCCCUUUUGCAGUCGUCGGUUCUUGCGAGGUAGUGAGGGAUGGUGAGACCAGGCCUGUGAGAGGACGCCGUUACUCCUGGGGUACAGUGGAGGUGGAGAAUCCACAUCACUGCGAUUUCCUGAACCUGCGACGAAUGCUGGUGCAGACACACCUGCAGGACCUGAAGGAGGUGACGCACGAUCUGCUCUACGAGGGUUACCGAGCCCGCUGCCUACAGAGCCUUGCCCGGCCGGGGACGCGCGUCAGCCGCAGUAAGCUUUCCCGCCAGAGCGCCACAGAGAUACCGCUGCCAAUGCUUCCUUUGGCCGAGACGGAGAAGUUGAUCCGCGAGAAAGACGAAGAGCUGCGCCGCAUGCAAGAGAUGCUGGAGAAGAUGCAGGCUCAGAUGCAGCAGAGCCAGACCCCAGGCGAGCAGUCUGACACCCUCUAA